AUGGGAGCCGCACCCUCGCCACCUGUUCAGGCCCCGGCCAUUCCCCCAUCUGAGGGGGAAGCCCCUUCUCAGCGUCGAUACCCCACCAGGAGGCCACCCACGGACCCUGUGCCACCCGCCGACCGAGCUCAGAGACCUGCUCCUCGACCCCCUGCCAAGAGAACCAAGUUCUCGGGUCCUGGAGAGUCAUCCCAUGCGCCUCAGGCAGAGCCGCCUACAGAGGAGCCUCGGAUUCCUGUAGAGAUUACCCCCGAGACCAUUAUCAGGCGUCCCAUGAUAGCUGGACCACCGAUUGAGGCACACACCUCUGUGCAUAUGCCUGAGGCUAUACAUCCUUCUUCUCCUCUCACUCAGGCUGCUCCACCAGUCGUACCAGCUACCCCAGCACCUCCUCCUUCAUCUGAGCCUACUGUCACCGUUUCUCUUGCGGAAUUUAGAGGCUUAAUUCAGCAGCAUCUGAGUAUGCAGACUCCUCUUGAGCAUGAUAGAUCUGCACCAUCUGAGCCUUUAGUGCCAGAUGAGGAGAGCUUGCCAGCUGAGCAGCCCAUACCAGAGGAGGAGAUCAGAGCAGAGCCAUCACAUGACCUCACUCAUAUCUGA